GCUUUUUUCGCAAUUUCCAAAAUUUGACCGGGCGAAAGCAAUGAGAUAUCGACGUGAGGCCUCUGCAUCGUCUCAGAGCUUGGAUGAAGAAGCUUGGGUCAUCCAAAUUAGGCAUCACCUUGAACAAGAAGAGAUUGAAGGGGACGAUAAUGGCGUUCCCGUCUCCAUUUUCACAGUCCCAAAGCCCCUCUCCAACAUUAAACCAGAGGCCUUUACGCCCCAACUCGUCGGCAUUGGACCUUACCACCAUUGUAGACCGGAGCUCUACGAAAUGCAGCGCUAUAAGUUAUCGGCUGCUCGUCGAGCUCAGAAACAAUGGGGAAAGUUGCAUUGCUACAAGUUGCAGAGCGUCGUGGACCAUAUAUCUAAAUUCGAGAGCAGGGUUAGGGCUUGUUAUCAUAGGUACCUUGAUUUCAGUGGUGAAACCCUGGCAUGGAUGAUGGCUGUUGAUGCCUGCUUUUUGCUAGAGUUUUUGAAGGCUUAUGGGCGGCGCGGAGAGGGAGAGUCUUUCGCCAGGGUUAGCUCGAGAAUGGAAAAUUUGGUUGAUUUCACUAGGAGGAAGUCAGCCCAUAAUGCGAUUAUCAGGGAUUUGAUGAUGAUGGAAAACCAGAUUCCUUUGUUUUUGUUGAGAAAGCGUCUUGAAUUGGAGAACAGUUGGGGUUCUAAUCAAGUUGAAGAGGAUUUGGCAUCAAUGGUAUCUGGUUUUUGUGCUGAGAUUUCACCAUUGAAAGUCAAGCCUUUCUCAGACAAAGAAGUUUCACAGAGUGGCCAUUUGCUUGAGGUCCUGUAUAGAAUGAUGGUGCCAUGGCCUAAUUCACAGGAGGACCAGGAAUUUGAUCAAGCUGAGCCUGAUUGCAUUGAACCAGAGAGCUACGAGCCCAGCACUGCUGGCUGUUGCGACCGUGAACUCUUGAGCUCUCUACGUGAGUUGUUCUCCUCAGUGAUGUCAUCGCCCCCAUUUCGUCCACUCCAAAGUCUUCUCAACUCAAGGCCAUUGAAGGUCCUUCUCAAGCUUCCAUGGAAUAUCCCUUUCUUGAAGACCUUAAUUGUGUAUCUUAUAUUUUCUGAUAAAAGCAACGAAGAACGGGCCUCCUCAAACGUAGAGGGCUCGAUUUCGAAGGCCCCGUUAAUGGAGGAGCUCCACAUCCCCUCUGUAACUGACCUAUGCAAUGCCGGUGUCACCCUUUCUCCCUCUACAGGAGGCAUCUCCUCAAUCCAGUUCGACCCUGCUUCAGGCUCUCUUUCUCUGCCUUCCAUCUCUCUGGAUUGCAACUCAGAGAUAAUUAUUCGAAAUCUCGUCGCAUUUGAGGAAGCAUCAGCUCCAGGUCCAUUGAUUUUCACCAGAUACACCGAGCUGAUGAAUGGGAUCAUCGACACCAAGAGAGACGUAGCUUUGAUGCGAGAGAGAGGGAUUUUGGUGCACCAUUUGAAGAGUGACAAAGUGGUAGCUGAAUUAUGGAAUGGGAUGAGCAGAACAGUGAGCCACAAUAAGGUGGAGGGGUUGGAUAGAGUGAUUGAGGAGGUUAACAAGUACUAUGGGAGGAGCUGGAGGGUGGUCAUGGCUAAGUUUUUGAGACGGUAUGUAUAUGGGUGGUGGAGGGGGCUCACGGUGGUGGCGACGGUGGUGUUGCUGCUGUUCACUGGGAUGCAAGCCUUUUGCUCUGUGUACGUUUGUCGCCGGUGGCUCUCUAUCACCGCCGCACCUGCCGGGUGAAGGCGUGGCCCUCGCUCUCUCUAUCUCUCUUGCUUGUGUGGUGUCAUCGUCUCUCUCUCUAUGGUGCACGUGCAUGACACCCCUUCUCUCUCACCGGGAUGGACGUGUGAACGAAUAUUGAUUGCGGAUGUGAUCUCUCCAUUCUAAUACAGUGUGAAGCAGAAUAUGUAAAUAAAGAUCGAUACAUGCAA